CAAAUUAUGCAUUAUUCAAUAUUAACAAAAAUAGCAACAAGAACAACAAUAGCAUAUACAAAAACAACAAUAACCACUUUAAAGCGGUAUCUAUUUCCUCAAACGUUACGCUUUCAUCAAAGCAACGACAAAAAUAACAACAAGAACAAUAACUUAUUAUUAAUGCUUGUGCUUGUAUUGUUGUCACUAACGAGCUGCGCCGUACAUGCUUUUCAUUUGGAUGGCUCUCAAAAUUCAUUCGCCCAGUUCCGUAAAUGGUAUGUGGGCCUUAACGGAAGCUUGGAGCUGGAAUUUAAGACUGAACAGCCAAACGGUUUGGUCUUAUAUACAGACGAUGGUGGUACUUAUGAUUUCUUUGAGCUGAAAUUAGUCGAGGGUGCUUUACGUCUACGUUACAAUUUGGGUGGAGGGGCACAAAUUAUAACAGUCGGCCGUGAUCUACAUGAUGGUCAUUGGCAUAAGGUGCAGGUUAUACGCAAUGAUGAGCAAACAUCAUUGAUUGUGGAUGGUGUGUCACAAAGUCGCACCACCAAAGGCAAAGAAUUUCAAUUUGGUAAAUUUACCACGAAUUCGGAUGUUUUCGUUGGUGGGAUGCCAAAUUGGUAUAGCACAAAAUUGGCAUUGUUGGCAUUGCCAAGUGUUAUAUUUGAGCCACGAUUUCGUGGUUCAAUACGUAAUCUGGUGUAUGCCGAUCAGCCAGGCGGUCAGACCAGGCGACAAGAGAUGAAACAACCGCGCGAUAUUAAAUGCGGUGAUGGUCCAUGCGAUCAUGGCGAAAUGCCCAAAGAGAAAGUUAUACGCAAUACGUUGCGUGGCAUUGUUGGCAGCGGUAAUAGCGGCAAUAUGACCGAUGCCUGCGAGCGACACGAUCCGUGCCAGCACGGUGGUAUAUGUAUAUCAACUGAUUCCGGCCCAAUCUGCGAGUGCAGAAAUCUUGAAUUUGAUGGACAAUAUUGUGAAAAAGAAAAAGCUCCGUCAGAAGCUACUUUCCGCGGUACACAGUUCCUUUCUUAUGACCUUGGGCAAACAGGUGCUGAGCCCAUUGUAAGUGCCCAAGAUGCAAUUACUUUAUACUUUCGUACCAGACAACCGAACGGUUUGCUUUUCUAUACAGGUCAUGGCACUGACUAUUUGAAUUUGGCCUUACGUGAUGGUGGAGUCUCUUUAACAAUGGGUUUGGCCAAUGGUAAACAAGAAAUGCAUAUAAAGCCAUCUAAAGUGCGUUUCGAUGAUCAUCAAUGGCAUAAAGUUACAGUGCAUCGGCGUAUACAGGAAAUUUCCUCAAUCACUAGUUUUUGCCGCUUGGUUACCGUCGUCGAUGAUGUUUACACCGACCAUUCUCAUAUUGCCGGCAAAUUUACAAUGUUGUCUUCAUCUCGGGUUUAUGUAGGCGGUGCUGUUAAUCCCCGCGCAUUAUUAGGCGCACGUGUACAUAACAACUUUGUGGGAUGUUUGCGAAAAGUGGAAUUCUCAGCAGAUACUCUCCUAUUGAAUUUAAUCGAUUUAGCUAAGAGUGGGUCUAAGUUAAUUCAAGUAGCUGGUAACGUAGAGUAUCAAUGCCCAUCGGGGGAUCCUCAAGAUCCGGUUACCUUCACUACCCGAGAAUCACACUUGAUUUUGCCACCUUGGGAGACGGGUAAACAAAGUUCCAUAUCAUUUAAAUUUCGGACGAAAGAACCGAAUGGUUUGAUUAUUUUGGCAACAGGAUCAAAGCAACCGAGAUCAAAAAAUCCGGUCCUAUUUGCUAUUGAACUGUUAAAUGGCCAUAUUUACAUACAUUUGGAUUUGGGUUCGGGAGCGGCUAAAGUGCGAGCUUCGCGACGUCGUGUUGACGACGGUGAUUGGCAUGAUUUCAUUUUGCGUCGCAACGGACGAGAUGCUAAAGUCAGUGUGGAUGGAGUAUGGAAUGAUUUUCGCACUCCUGGCGAUGGUACUAUACUGGAAUUGGAUGGUCAUAUGUAUGUGGGUGGCACGGGACCGGCUUUUAACAGCAUAAAUUGGCCGCCAGCCAUAUGGACGGCAACGUUACGUCAAGGUUUUGUUGGCUGCUUAAGGGAUUUAGUAUUAAGCGGCAAAGCUGUCGAUAUAGCCGCCUAUGCUCGUUUACAGGACUCGGCUUCGGUUAAACCUUCUUGUCAUAUACAAGCGAAUGUUUGCGCUGGUAAUCCUUGUUUAAAUAGCGGUACAUGUUUAGAAGGUUGGAAUAGACCGAUAUGCGAUUGCACUGCUACUUUGUAUCAUGGCCCGACAUGUGGUAGAGAAUCGGCUACGUUGGCUUUCAAUGGCAGUCAACAUAUGACAGUUUGGUUGGGGAAUGGUCAAGGAGCAAAAACUCAAACUGAAGAGUUAUUAUUGCGUUUCAAAACUUCUCGCCCGGCUGGCUUAUUAUUAAUGACAAGCGCCGAAUCAAAUUCACCGGAUCGUUUGGAGAUCGCCCUUGUCGCGGGACGCAUACGUGCCAGUGUGCGUUUAAGUGAUCGCGAAAAGAACUUAUUGGCUGGCCAAUCGGUUUUAAAUGAUAAUAACUGGCAUACUAUACGUUUUUCCAGGCGCGCAUCGAAUUUACGGCUGCAAGUUGACGGGGCUCCCCCUGUCAGGGGUAUGUUAUGUAUGUAUCACCAGCACUUUAUUUGCCCUACUACGUGUCGUGCCGUGUCGUUUUUUUACAAACUCUUUUUUUUUCUCGCUCAACUAUUACAAAAAAAAGACCAACAAAAAAAAAAAAAUGAAAGGAAAGUCAAUAAAUUGCGUAUAUUAGAUUUGGCUGUGGAUCGCGAUCCCCUUAUAACUAUACGAGGAGAUGUUCAAUUGGUAACUGGAGUAUUAGAUAGAAAUGAUCUGCAAAGAAUGCAGCAGACCCCAGCCAGUGGUUAUCCGGGUGCGAUAGAUGAUUUAAUAUUUUCUGGUGCCGGUUCCGGGUGUCGGGGCGAUGACGAGGAUGAAUGUACUCCGCCAUUCGAAUCGGGCAGUGGUGAUGAUUUAAUAACGCCUGUUUAUAUACCGCCCACUAAACAAACGACCAUAUCGCAAAAUGUUAGCACCGAUAAGACGAAUGGUACCGAACGUGCUUGCGACGAUGAAGAUUGUUUGCAUGGUUCUGGUGAUUAUGGUGAAACUACCGAACAGUUUACGUCUACAAGCACCGCCAAGGGUUCCGAAAUGAAUAAAGAAAUCGCUACAGUAACCACGGAUAGUAAUAAUCGGCGCCAGCAGGAGCUUUUAACUACUGAACAACAACAGACUAGCACUACUCUAGGACAUCACCAGACGCCGUCAAGGGAGACGACGGCAUUAAGCACCGUAAUGACCAGUGUCGCGACUACCAUAAGUACAACACAACAAACUCAAACACCUGCUCUUACGACAGCUAUGCAAAUAACAACCGUUCAGCCUGCGAUAAUAACAAGUAGCACAACAACUACAUCCAGUACUAUGGCUAGCACGCCAGCAACUCCUUCUCCGGAUGUACGCACAACGGGAACAGAACGUGAUGAUACUACACCUUAUGAUGUUGUUCAUGUGUUUAGCGGCGGUAAAGAAAACGAAAAUGAAAAUGCAAACAUUAUACAGCAUGGCCAUCAUACGCAUACGCCAGAAAGGCCGCCACCGCCACCACCGCCCGUACAUGAAACAGAUCCGGGUCUCUCAUAUUAUCCUUUGCCUCAGCCACCGCCCUACGGUAAUAAUAAUUAUCGGCCAAAAGGCAAAGGUGGCCGCAUAAAUUCAAUUGAAGAGGAACGAACAGCUAUGAUUAUUGGCAUUGUUGCAGGCAUAUUAAUCGCAGUCAUUUUAGUUAUAUUACUAGUGUUAUGGUUGAAGUCCAACGGUGAUCGUAACUAUAAAACAGCUGGUGAGAAAACUGUCUACGGCAGCCAUAAUGCGAAUACAGCAUUGCUGGGUAAUGCCAGCACUAAUGGUUCAUAUCAUCAACAAAGGCAGCAACGCAAUCAGCAAUCUAGUGUUACCAGUAAUAGUCAUAGUCAGCAACAAUUGCAAAACCAACCACAACAGCAUCAACCGCAAGGAUUGCAUAAACAACAUCAACAAAAUAAAACAUCAUCAACAGAUCAUCACGAUGAUGCCGACAGUUACGGAGAACAACAAGGACAUAUAGGUAGCGGCGUUAGUAAUGCUGGUGGUGGUGGUGGUGGUGGUGGUGGUAGUAGCGGCGGCGGCGGCGGCGGUGGUGGUGGCAACAGUGGUCGCACGGGUUUCAUACGCACUGUUUACAUUGGUCAGACUGAGCAAACAAACAAUAAGGAUGUGAAAGAAUGGUAUGUGUAAAGACAGAGAUUAAUAUGUGUGCGCGUGUGUGUGUAUGUGUAAGUGUAUAAUAGAUAAGAGAAGAUGUAAUAUUUUUAUACAGACAUGCACACGUACAGACAAUAUAGCGAAAUGAUAGAAAAAGUUUAGUAGUAAAAGUCAAGAAGAAGAAAACUUGAAUUACGAUAUAAAAUAUAAAAGACAGUAAAGUAAAACCAAAUAUAGAUACAUUGCCUACGAGAAUAUUAUUCUGAAAAAUAUAUACAUACAUACAUAUUUGUAUACGUAAACAAAUAUACGCGUGUGUAUAUACAUAUAUACAUAU